AUGAUACUUCUCGGGUCCAUCUUUAAGUGUGUCUUUGGCACACUCAUUGAGAAGCCGCUGCCUCCGGCAUCCCCACAAUCCCCCGAAUCUGUGGCUUCCCAUAUUGUCACCAAGAUUCUCAAUGCCGACGACCCUUCCUUGCUUUACAAACAACUGAAUGAAGAGAUCUCUGUCAAUGCCUGGUCCGACGCCAUAGCUCGAGCUACACUUCACAGUUUAGAGAGUGCAAUCAGAGCUAGCGUGGAAAUGGCGCGAGCUGCGACCGACGCUGCGAACCAAAGUAAAGAUGCUGCUGUUAGCUUUGGAACGGAUCACCCCGUUUACUCUACUCUCAUUGCAAUGGGUAUCUUGGCCUGCUGA